CAGAGUUGCAUUUUAUAAAUUAUCGAUAAUCAAAUGUCGAAUAAAUAAAUGACAAAAUAAACGAAAAUUACAGCUUCAACUCGCAACUCCCACACCCAAACGGAUUAAAUGGAUGAGGAAGACACAGCAGAAAUCAAUGAAGAAGUGGCGGAGGGUGUUGCUGACUCUGCGGGGGAGGUAGCAGCCUCGAGUGGGGCGGAACUGCAGGCAGAGGCAGCUGCAGCGGCAGCGGCAGAACUGCAGCCGAGUGAUGAGCCACAGACUGUGGAGAGGGUCAUAGAUGUCUACGAGGAGACGGCCGAAAUGGAAGCGGCCAUGAUCGAAAACUUCUUCGGACCGUCCGCUGAGGAGAUUCCUGGACCCUCUGCAGCUGGCAGCUCCUCCAAUGUUGGUGGUGAGGACAUAGUGCUGGAUGAUGGCACCGAAAGCGACUUCAGCCCCUUGCGCCCCAGCAGUGACAUGUCCCUGGACAGUCCAAACAGCGAGGAUGACUCGGAUGUGGAGGCCAUGCCACGCUGGAUGAUACCACAGAAUCGUCUGCGCUUCGCCGUGGACAUGAUGGUGUCGCAGGCACGCAAUCAGGAUGGAGGCAUCGCCGCUCUCCUGAACCGGGACAACUUUUUGCAGCGCGUUCGCAGCAUGGUGUUCAGCCAGGAGCGUAGACGGAGUCGCACCAGCGAUGAAGCCAGCCAGGAUGCUGAAGAUGCUGCACAACCGCUGCAGCAGCAUCCGCCGCCGCCGCCACCACCACCACCGAGACCACCCAUAGAUAUCGACAUGGAGGAGGGAGGCGUGCACUUUGACACCAAUCUGCCGGCAGAGCAUUCGUACUUCGGGCCAAAUCUGAAUCGUGUGCCCGGCGUGGACUACCAGGAGGUGGGCAGCAGCCACCACAUGCUCAUCUUUCUGCAUCAGCACAUUCUGUUUCCCGGCGAGGUGCUGCCGUUUAUGAUCGAUGGCAGCCUCUUCGAUGACGAUAUGCCCGGACUGGAUGGCCUGAUAUUUGCUGUCGCUUUUCCCCUGAUGAAGCCGCCCGAGGAUAGCCAAAAAUUGUACGGGGUAACCUGCCAGAUCUAUGAGAAAGGCGACAGCGGACAACAUUUGACGUUCUACAAGUCUCGGGCGCUGCAGCGGAUUGUCAUCAAUUGCAGCGACAUCAAGGGCCUGCCCCAGUACAUUGCACGCAAUCCAACCAACAAAUGCCACAGCAAGGUGAAGAUUCUGCCGGAGUACUUUCUGCCCGAGCCGCUCAAGUGCAUCGACAUGGGCUCGAUGAGUCGCUUUCGGGACAUACCCUCCAUGAGGGACAAGUAUCAACGCUAUCAGAUCUCCAGCACACCCUGGCCGGUGGAGGCGUGCCGCGAGUACGCCUACGAGGAGAUUGUGGAGCGUGCGCGCAAGAAGCUCGAAGUACACAAAAUCGACACCAUGCCAAAGUGCCCCAUUCAGCUGUCAUUCUGGUUGGUGCGCAAUCUCCAUCUGACGGAGAAAAUGAUGAGCCAAACGUUUCUCACGGACUCGGUGAAUCUGCGCCUGCAGCUGAUUGGCGGCAUUCUCAAGGAGGAGACGCUCUUCUAUUGCCGCUACUGCAACAGCAGCUUGGCCUACUGUUCGGAUCUCUUUGCCAUGUCCAAGCACGGCGUGCAGACGCAGUACUGCAAUCCGGGUGGCUACAUACACGAGACAAACACUGUUUAUCGUGUCAUCUCCCAUGCCAUUGGCUACAGCGGCGAACCAUCCACCAGGUUCAGUUGGUUUCCCGGCUACCAGUGGCACAUUAUUUUGUGUAAAUUCUGCGCGCAGCAUGUCGGCUGGGAGUUCAAGGCGGUCGAACCCAAUUUGGCACCCAAAAUGUUCUACGGCCUGGCUGGGUCCAGCGUGCGCAUUGGCAAGGCCGGCGACAGUGCCACCGUCAAUGGCAACAACUUCGUCGUGCGCAACAUGCUGCGUGUCAUUUCCAGUGAACUGGAAUAGGACUUACACUAGCACUUGACUCA